AUGAGUGUAAAGCUACGACACCCGAGGACUGGCAUGUGGCUUGAACGUCAUUCGUCUUUCCAGCAAUGGCUUCGCACCCAAGGGUCCCGACUCUGGUUGAGCGGCAUUCCCGGCGCCGGAAAAACGGUACUCGCAGGCUCAAUUAUUGGCCAUGCUCUUGCGAGAAGCUCAGAUACCGUUGCUGUAGGCUUUUUCUUCUGCGACUACAAGAACGAGACGACGCAGAGCCCUGUCAAUAUUCUUGGGGGCUUGGCGUAUCAAUUGGCGAUACAGAGCGAGAAAGCGUAUUCGAUGCUCGAAGAGUAUUACUUUGAGCUUCAUCCAGACAAGGGACUCCCUCGCUCUCCCAACACAGAAGACCUAGGACGAACCAUCUUGAGGAUGUGUCAAGUCUUUGAACAUACCUACAUAGUGGUUGAUGGCCUGGAUGAAUGCGGAGAUCACGCAGAGGAGGUUGUGGAGGCGCUUUGCGAUAUUGCAGAAAACUCCGACGAAUUAUCGAUGGCGCUGCUUAGUCGUGACGAGGACAACAUCCAACGACACCUCCGAGAUUCCGAGAAGAAGUUUCUCAAUAUACAGAUUGCAGCUCAUACGGACGACAUCACUGAGUUUCUCACGUCGGAAAUUGAACGACGUAUUCGCAGCAGAAAGCUGGUAUUCGAAGAUCACUCUCUAAAAGCAGAGAUUCUAGAAAGCCUUGUGGCCGGUGCACAUGGAAUACCGCUGCAUUACGCGGCCAUCUCAUCUGUUGAUUGUCUCCAUUUCGUCCUCGAGGAGGUGGCUUCUAUCAGCCUGGAAGCCACGGCAGAAAAUGGGUACACUGUUGUUCACUUUGCAGUCUUGGGCGGGGAAACCAGUGCGAUUGAGCUUGUCCACGCUCGAGGUGCAAACAUCAACGCGAGGUCAGUUGAUGGUCAACUAGCCUUGCAUCUUGCUGUUGAUGGAGGCAAUCUUGCGGCAGUCGAAAAGCUUUUAGAACUGGGCAGUGAAAUGACAUCCGACUAUCAUGGAAUGACGCCGCUGCUACUGGCAUAUCAACGCGAGGACCAAAGGAUCAUCAACUGCCUCAGAGACCACGACAAGGGCCAGUGCGACGUAGUUCCAGACGGUAUACGUUCUGCAGCUCUUGCUCAAACAGUGUUUAAAGCUAUACAAGUUGGAAACCUUUCUUCUUGUCAGCAGCUCCUUGCGCCACUGUCAACGGUCGAUAUCGAUUUACCUGGGCACACAUCUGGAGUGUGCACAGCUCUUGGAGUCGCUGUAUGCUUUGGGAGGUUGGAGAUCAUAACUUGGCUUCUAGAACAAGGUGCGAAUGCGGAUUAUCCCUACGGGAACGAUGGUUCUAUCAUUCAAUUGAUGAUGAGUCAACCUCGCUUGAAUACAGGAUUACAAGCGAUGCUCAAGAGGUAUACUGCAACCGGUGGUAGCGUUCUGAACGAGCCAGGAUGUCUAGUAGCCACAGCUGUGAGGGCAAAUAAUGAAGGAGGGUUGAGAAUACUUCUGGAUCAUCUUAAAGCAAAUAGAAAGCUUUACGCAAAGGAAGCUGGUGUAGGCUCGUCGGCAGCUUUGGCAUUAGCCGUCAAUAGAAGAUGGCAGGGCAGGACACCCUUGCAUUGGGCGGCAUCUAUGAAAAAUGUGUCGACCGUUCAGUUGCUAAUCGACAGUGGUGCCGAUCUUGAGGCCACAGACGACAAGGGUUGGACCCCCCUCCUCGUUUCUAUCAAGGCGCCAGCUACAUUUGACCUUUCAGCUGUUGUCCGAGCUCUACUCGAGUCUGGAAGCGAUCUAAAGUAUCGCGAUAACAACGGCGUUACGCCGAUAGCUGAAGCAUGUACACAGGGAAACCCUCGUGUCAUUUCAGCUCUGAUGGAUAGGGGCCCGGAUGUACUUGUCGAAGAUUAUGGAAAGUGCAAUGUAUUACACCGUCUCUUCACACGCGACGAGACUGAUGAAACGAACGUCGCCAGGCCUGCACUAUUCAUUAAACUAACUCGAAUGGGCGUCAACCCACACAAACUUGACAUAUUCGGCUGCUCUGCCCUUCAUCUGAGUAUUUUUCACAAAUCCAUGGUGGCCCUCUUGCUAAAUGGAGACCUCCAGAUUCAGGACGAAAGGCCUAUUCCAUGGUCGACUAUGUUUCUGGGUAGAGAUGCUACCAACGAAGCUGCAGCAUGCUUGACAACAGCCUUUCGAAUGUACCGUCGAAAGCUGUCGACGGAGAAGCUCCGCACACUUCUGAACCUAGAGGCUGGCGGGUUUUGGAACCCCCUGUCUUUUGCUGCAUCUAGAGGGCAAAUUCAAGUCAUGAAAAAUAUACUGUCUCUGGGAAUCCCGAUAGACUUCGAAGGCUGUCCGGAAGGCUCCGCACUGAUGGCGGCUUCCAGCGCAGGAAAUUUGGAAUCCGUCAUCUAUCUCGUUCGCCAUGGAGCGAGCAUCUCCUUCCAAGGCCACAAUGACUUUCGGUCUGCAGUGGAGCUCGCAGCUACCUCGCCGCGUGUCCUUCGCUGGUUGCUUGUUGAUCGGUUCACAGACCAAAAGAAGCUCGACCAAUUUUGCCAUGAGUCGACCUCCCUAUCGAUAGGCUACAAGCCAUGGAGUGGGACCCAGAAAGCCGAGAUGAUCAUAUCAGGACGAUGGGAGAGACAGCCACAUGAGUCUUCUCGGCAAUACUGGGCACGUCUAUCAAGCAUGACAGAAGAGCUCAGAGGCAAGUUCCUUCCUCCUAACAAAGGGAAGACAACGCGGAGACAGUCCAAGCUGGUUCCAAUAGAAUCUGUCAAUAUUGUAAUCGGUGGGUAUUUUGUUCCGUACGAUGCCUCGUUGGGAGAACGCGUAACGAGGAAGAGCAAGUGGUCGGAGCUGAGCUUGGAGGUCCGAGAGUGUCUGGAGCGUUACUGCUUAUGA